AAAAAAGUUGUGACCGAUUUUUCCAGUUUUGAGACGGUUCUGUGCGUUUUCUCGAGAAGGUGGUUUUCAGGGCUUCUGAUUCAACAGGUUGAACCGGCUGUGAUAAAUAAAUAAAUACUGAAUCAUAACAUACACUCGCUCGGGUCGCUCCAGUAUACGUGAUGCCGCCGAAAAGGAAUCAGAAACAGAACCGAAAGCCACCUCAGUCAUCCUCAUCCGCGCCAAGGCUGCAAAUUUCGGCCGAAAAUGAGAAUCGACUCCGUCGGCUCUUGCUCAAUUCAGCCCGUCCCAGUCAUGUGACGGACGACACCCUAACAAAGGACCAGAAAGCGAAGAAGCUGAAAGCUGUUUACGAGAAACUCUCUUGCGAAGGUUUCAGCAAUGAUCACAUUGAGCUUGCUCUAUCCGCUCUCAAGGAAUGUGCUACAUUUGAAUCAGCUCUUGAUUGGUUAUGCUUGAAUUUGCCCGGGAAUGAACUUCCACUCAAGUUUUCCACUGGGACUUCCUUUCAUUCUAGUGAAGAGGGUUCCGUUGGUGUUAUAUUAAACCAACAGGACAAUUCAAUUCCCUUGGUGGAUCCAUCCAGCACAACUAAGGAAAACGCUCUAGAAUCUCCGGUUUUAAUCAAGAGACAGUUGAACGACGAUACUUUAGAUUCUUGCCAUUCAUCUCAAGCAGAUUGGAUCAGGCAAUAUGUGGAGCAACAGGAAGAGGAUGAAAAUAAUACUUGGGAAGAUGACAUUUUUUAUGAAAGUAAUGCCGCCAAAAAGAAGCCCGGUGAACCUAGGUAUUACGAUGUUAUUGCCAAGGAGUAUCUUGCUGCAAGGUUAGAAGCUACAAUGGCGAAGGAGAAAGGGGAUAGAAAACAUCAGGAGCAGGCAAGCCGUAUCAUACGAAAACUGAAACAAGAGUUAUCUGCUCUAGGAUUAUCAGAUGACAAUUUGGCCUUAGAGUACGAGCAAAUCAGUACUAACCAUGCAUCAGAGAGAGCAUCCAUGAGCCAUGAGCUUUUGAUAGAAAAAGGCUCACACGAUGAUGUAAGUUAUUCGGCCAUUAUUUUGCCUUCUGAUGGGGCAGCAAUAAAUGGAAGUGAUGUGGAGAACCAUAGCGUGGAGGGAGAUCUUACUAAGUCUUGCUUGCCAGAAGUACAUGUUGAAAAAGAUUCUGCACAAGGAGAGGCUGGAGACAUUGAGCUUGGUGGUUUCUUCUUGGAGGAUGUGCCGUCUAAUGAAAUACACCCUGAUAUUUUAAAAGCUCAGAAACUAGAAAAAAUCAAAAGAUUAUCUGAGAAGAACUUGGAUAAGUUAGAUGGCAUUUGGAAGAAGGGGGACACUCAAAAGGUUCCAAAGGCUAUUCUUCAUCAGCUAUGCCAGAAAUCAGGAUGGGAAGCUCCAAAGUUCAAUAAAAUACUUGGCAGAGGAAAGAGUUUUGCCUAUACUGUAAGCAUAUUACGUAAAGCUAGUGGGAGGGGUAAGAAUCGGAAAGCCGGGGGACUAGUCACGCUUAAGCUUCCAGAUCAGAAUGAGACCUUUGAAUCUGCUGAGGAUGCACAAAAUAAAGUGGCUGCAUAUGCUUUGUUCCAACUAUUUCCUGAUGUCCCAGUUCAUCUCCUAAUCACUGAGCCUUAUGCUUUAGCUGUUAUUAAGUGGAUGGAAGGGGAAUCAUUAACUAAGCUAGAAGACAGUGUGGAAGAUCACAAGUCUCGUUUUGUGGAGUCAUUAUUAAGUGGUGAUGGUUCUGGUGAAACUGUAUCUGCCGAUGUUACAGACUAUACGCAUCCUCAAAACAACAGUAGAAUUGAUGAAAAUAAAAGUUCAACCAUUGAUAGUCAUCAGUCAUUUUCUCAGCGAAGAACCUAUAUUAAGGAAUUGGAGAGUACUAAUUUGAGAGAGGUGCAAUACAUUAAAAUGGGAUCACAGAAAUACCAGGAUAUCUUGAAUUUUAGAACUACACUUCCUAUUUCCACUCUAAAGGAUGAUAUAACGCAAAUGCUAAAGGAAAAUGAUGUUCUCGUUGUUUGUGGGGAAACAGGCUCCGGAAAAACAACUCAGGUUCCACAAUUCAUAUUGGAUGAGAUGAUUGAGUCAGGACAUGGUGGACACUGUAAUAUUAUUUGCACACAACCAAGGAGAAUAGCGGCUAUUUCAGUGGCUGAAAGAGUAGCUGAUGAGCGGUGUGAACCUUCACCAGGUUCUGAUGGUUCCUUGAUUGGUUAUCAAGUUCGUCUUGAUAGUGCCAGGAAUGAGAAAACAAGGCUUUUGUUCUGUACAACAGGCAUCCUUCUGAGAAAAUUGAUGGGGAACAGAAACUUGACUGGCAUUACUCAUAUCAUAAUCGAUGAAGUUCACGAGAGGUCUUUAUUGGGUGAUUUUCUUCUAAUUGUUUUAAAGAAUCUAAUUGAUAAGCAGUCCACUGAAAGCUCUUCGAAAGUGAAGGUCAUUCUAAUGUCAGCAACUGUGGAUUCAAGUUUAUUUUCAAGAUACUUCGGUCAUUGCCCUGUAGUUACUGCAGAAGGCAGGACUCAUCCAGUGACAACAUACUUUCUUGAGGAUAUAUAUGAUCAGAUCAACUAUCGACUUGCUUCAGAUUCACCAGCUUCUUUAACAAAUGAAACAGUUCCUAGUAGACAGAGAGCUCCUGUGACUAAUAGCAGGGGGAAGAAAAAUCUAGUCUUAUCUGCAUGGGGUGAUGAGUCUGUGCUUUCUGAAGAACAUUUUAAUCCAUAUUUUGUUUCCAGUUAUUAUCAGUCAUAUAGUGAACAAGCCCAACAAAAUAUGAAAAGAGUGAACGAGGAUGUCAUUGAUUAUGAUCUUAUUGAAGAUCUAAUAUGUUACAUUGAUGAGAAUUGUGAUGAGGGGUCUAUCCUUGUCUUCUUACCGGGAGUGAUUGAGAUAAACCACUUACAUGAUAAGUUAGUGGCGUCAUACCAAUUUGGCGGGCCAUCUUCUGACUGGGUUAUUCCAUUGCAUUCGUCAGUUGCGUCAACUGAACAAAAAAAGGUGUUUUUACACCCUCCAAGAAAUAUACGUAAGGUUGUUAUAGCCACAAAUAUAGCAGAGACCAGCAUAACAAUAGACGAUGUGAUAUAUGUAAUUGACUGUGGAAAACAUAAGGAGAAUCGAUUUAAUCCGCAGAAGAAAUUGUCCAGCAUGGUUGAAGAUUGGAUUUCUCAAGCAAAUGCAAGGCAGCGUCAGGGUAGAGCUGGACGCGUAAAACCUGGAAUUUGCUUUCGCUUGUACACUCGUUAUAGAUUUGAAAAACUCAUGCGCCCUUAUCAGGUUCCAGAGAUGCUUCGAAUGCCAUUAGUUGAAUUAUGUCUGCAGAUUAAGUUACUAUCUCUUGGAUAUAUCAAGCCAUUUUUGUCUAUGGCUUUAGAAUCUCCAAAAAUUGAAGCAAUGGAUUCAGCGAUAUCUUUAUUGUAUGAGGUGGGUGCUCUAGAAGGGGAUGAAGAGUUGACACCUCUUGGGCAUCAUCUCGCAAAACUACCUGUUGAUGUAUUAAUUGGGAAGAUGAUGCUGUAUGGUGCAAUUUUCGGUUGCUUGUCACCUAUUCUUUCAGUUUCAGCAUUUUUAAGUUACAAGUCUCCAUUUGUAUAUCCCAAGGAUGAGAGGCAGAAUGUUGAAAGAGCAAAACUUACUUUGUUGAAUGAUAAGCAAGAUGGGCCUGGUGAGGGAAAUGAUAUUAAUCGGCAAUCUGAUCAUUUAGUUAUGAUGAUAGCUUACAAAAGAUGGGAAAAUAUUUUGAAUGAGAGAGGAUCUAAAGCUGCACUGCAAUUCUGCAAUUCAUAUUUUCUGAACAGCUCUGUAAUGUUUAUGAUAAGGGAGAUGAGGGUACAAUUUGGAACUUUGCUAGCAGACAUUGGUCUCAUCACUCUUCCAAAAUAUUAUCAGCAAAGGUACUCUUGGACGAGGUCUCAUCUAUGAAGAUAGAGGAUAUACUUAGAUAGUCAGCUACUUAGAUGUUGAUUGGGCAAACUCACCUAUUGAUAGGCGAUUCACUUAUGGGUAUUGUGUACUUCUUGGAGGAAACUUGAUAUCAUGGAAGAGUAAUAAACAAAAUGUAGUUUCAAGAUCUAGCGCUGAAGCAGAAUACAUGGCAAUGACAUUAGUAACAUGUGAGCUCAUUUGGUUGAAGCAAUUACUCAAAAUCAAAAGCUUCAAUUUGAAAAGGCAAGGCCAAUGACACUAAUCCAUAAUAAUCAAGCCACAUUGUAUAUUGCCUCAAAUCUAGUUUUCCAUGACAAGACCAAAUAUCUUGAGAUGAAUUGUCAUUUUGUUGGAGAAAAGAUUGAAUCAGGCGACAUCGUCACAAGUUUUGUCAAUUCCAAUGAUCAAUUGGCAGAAAUUAAUUUGAGAAAUUAGCCUUCCAUUGACAGCACGGACCAAUUUAAAUAAUUAUCACCAUUGAGUUUCUUCGUCAUUAUAGAGGGAUUACCAGAGAAAACAUAGAACACAAGACUCUUACUGAGGGAUUACCAGAGAAAACAUAGAACACAAGACUCUUACUGGAUGAUUCAGCUUUGUUGUUGUUUUUCUCUGAUACCCCUGAAACUGAACUCAUCUUGACAGUACUUGGAGGAUACGAAGAACAGAAAACAGAUUCAGAACACUGUCCACACCGCACCAGAAUGAUGAACAGCACCAAAACACUGUAGAACGUGGGACCAACUAACGAAAAACAAGGUCAGAAUAAACAGUACAGAGGACGGAGAGCAGAACGGGACAAACGGCGCAGUGAACUGAGAACAGGACGGUGGCACGUGGAGAAGCAGAAAAUGAAGGCUCUUCGGGGACUGGCCGAUCUGCCUAUGGCGAGUCUGAUUUUGAGGUUACCGUAUCGAGUACAG